GCUUCCUUCCCCUUCCAUGUGAAGCAGACACCAGGGCCCACCCUCUCCUUCUCCUCCACACUCUCGCACACACUUCUCGACUCCUCUGAUCUCUUCACUCGGAGUCCAACAGAAUGGCGAGCAACUCCGCCCCCAUCAUUCCCGCCGCUCCCCACCUCCAUCGCUUGCGCGGCCGCCUCCUCCUCCCCCAUGCCCGACGUGGAGCCGGGCAGCGUGUCGUCGUCGUCGUCCGCGCGGUCUCGGGGGAUGGGGGCCGAGGCGGGGGGCCGUCGUACCUGGACAUGUGGAAGAAGGCGGUGGAUCGUGAGAGGCGCUCGGCGGAGCUUGCGUACCGGCUGCAGGCGUCUCCGCCGCCUGCGGAGGCCCCCCAUCAGGCCGACGUGGAGCGGAGGACGGCGCGGUUCGAGGAGAUGCUGCGGGUGCCGCGGGAGGAGCGCGACCGCGUGCAGCGCACUCAGGUCAUCGACCGCGCCGCCGCCGCUCUCGCCGCCGCGCGCGCUGUACUCAAGGAACCGCCGCAGUCCUCGCCAACGCCGCAGCCGCAGAAGCCGGCGGCGGCCACCGGAGUGACAGGGUCGGGCGACGUUUUUGGUUCGCGCAAGGCCGCAAAGGGGCCUGAGGAUCAGGGCUCCGGACAGAGGAGCGUACCGGCGGCGUCGCAGUCGGCAAAAGUGACAAACUCUGGGGAUUCAUAUCCUUCCAAGCUUGGUACUCCUGGUCCGGAUUUCUGGUCGUGGUUACCACCCGUAGACACCAGCAGUGAACCGAGAGAAAACAAUAUUGUUUUGAAACCAUCAAAGAAAGUGGAUUCCUUCUCCAGUCAGCCUGAGAUGUUAAUGGAAAAGGAACGGUCAGCAGACUUCUUAUCCCUUCCGUUCGUGACCUCCUUCUUUGAGAAGAAGGAAGAUCGAUCUCUCCCUCCCUUCCAGUCAUUUGCGGAGCCUGAGAAUGUAGAUUCCGAGGCGAAGCCUGUUGCUGAUGCAGAGGAAGCAUUUGAAACGCAGUUCUCAAAUAAUGCAGCUGAGGCGGCUAGAGCUCUCAGUACAAGUGAUGAUAAGUCGUCCCAUGGGAUAGACCCAGAUGGUUCAAAGUGGUGGAAGGAGACCGGUGUAGAACAGAGGCCUGAUGGUGUUGUUUGUAAGUGGACUGUAAUCAGGGGAGUAAGUGCUGAUGGUUCUGUUGAAUUCGAAGACAAGUACUGGGAGGCUUCAGACCGGUUUGAUCAUAAAGAAUUAGGUUCCGAGAAGUCCGGUCGUGAUGCUAGGGGCAAUGUUUGGCGGGAAUACUGGAAGGAGUCGAUGUGGCAGGAUUUUACAUCUGGCCUUAUGCAUAUGGAGAAGAGCGCAGACAAGUGGGGAAAGAAUGGCAAUGGGGAGCAGUGGCAAGAGAAAUGGUGGGAGCAGUAUGAUUCAAGCGGUAAAGCUGAAAAAUCGGCUGAUAAAUGGUGCAGCUUGGAUCCAAACACUCCGUUGGAUAUUGGGCAUGCUCAUGUUUGGCAUGAAAGGUGGGGUGAGACGUAUGAUGGCAGCGGAGGCAGCGUGAAAUACACGGACAAAUGGGCCGAGCGGUCAGAGGGCGACGGGUGGUCGAAAUGGGGUGACAAGUGGGAUGAGCAUUUCGACCCUAACGGCCACGGCGUGAAGCAGGGGGAGACCUGGUGGGAAGGCAAAUACGGGGACCGGUGGAACCGCACCUGGGGCGAGGGCCACAACGGCUCCGGCUGGGUGCACAAGUACGGGAGGAGCAGUAGCGGCGAGCACUGGGACACUCACGAGCCGCAGGAGACGUGGUACGAGCGCUACCCGCAUUUCGGCUUCCGCCACUGCUUCGAGAACUCGGUGCAACUAUUGUCCGUUCCCAGGCAGCCUCCAAAGAAUUUCAAGCCUGGGAAAUGAGUAGAUGCUCCUUAACUAGGAACAUCUCAUCUGCAGUCACAAUCUGCAUUUCCAAAGAAAAGCUAUUCAUAAUGUCCGAGAUAAAUUCAUUCAUCGGUGGUCACUGGACUCGUCCCCAAUAUUCACGCCGGUCAUUGGACACAUGAAUACCUAGAUUAUGGUCAUGAAACUCACAUUAGUUUUUAUUUUCAAAGAGGGGAAUACCCUCAGGUUUUUGCAUCGAGUGAUGCACACAACAAUAUAUUAUUAAUUAUUCAAGGGAUAAUUAGAUUUAUGCUUCUA